UGUUUGCGCCGGAGAGGAAGCGGCGGCAUCAGCGAGCGAGGAGGAAGGGCUGUGGGCGGGGGCAGCUUCAGCUUCCGGCGGAGGAAGGCCGAAGUGGAGGCCUUCCUUGGCAACCUGGAUGGGGCUGAGGCAAAGAAGGCGCUCCCUGGGCCUCCCGGCGCGGUGAAGGCGGAAGAGCGGCCUGCCUCUCUGGGCGGAGGGAGAGGGGCGCGGGUGGUCUCCUCCGGGGCCUGGACGGGCUGAGGAGGCCUGCGGCUGGGGGCUUAGCGGCCCGUCGAGAGAGCAGGCGGCGGCAGAGGCGGCCAUGGGGCCGAGGCUUCGCUGAGGAGAGGCGAGGCGAGGCCUCAGCAUGAAGCGGUACCUGCCUGUGGCCCGGCAGCACUUCCUGGCCGCCCUGGCCAGCACCAGCGUGGUGGUGAAGUCCAUCUGCGCCGUGGUGCUCCUGCUCUACCUGCUCUCCUUCGCCGUGGACACCGUCUUCGCCCUGGGGGUCACGCCGGGCUUCCUCUUCCCGCCCAACUUCUGGGUCUGGACGCUGGCCACCCACUGCGUGGCGGAGACCCACCUCUGGGACGUGGGCCUGAGCCUGGCCACAGUGGUGGCGGCCGGGCGGUUGCUGGAGCCCCUCUGGGGAGCCCUGGAGCUGCUCAUCUUCUUUGCCGUGGUCAACAUCUCCGUGGGGCUCCUGGGCGCCCUGGCCUACCUGCUGUCCUACGUGGCGCUCUUUGACCUCUCCUACCUGUUCACAGUCCGCAUCCACGGCAUGUUGGGCUUCCUGGGCGGCGUCUUGGUGGCCCUCAAGCAAACCAUGGGGGACCGGACAGUCUUGAAGAUCCCGCAGGUGCGCAUGAAGGUGGUGCCCAUGCUCUUGCUCUUGCUCCUGGCCGUUUUGAGGCUGACCACCCUCAUCGCGAGCAACGUCUUGGCCUCCUAUGGCUUUGGGGUUCUUUCCAGUUGGAUCUAUCUGCGCUUCUACCAGAGGCACAGUAGAGGACGCGGCGACAUGUCAGAUCACUUUGCGUUCGCCACGUUCUUCCCUGAGAUCCUGCAGCCUGUGGUCGGCCUGUUGGCCAAUCUAGUGCACAGUCUCUUGGUCAAAGUGAAAGUCUGUCGGAAAACAGUAAAACGGUAUGACGUUGGAGCCCCUUCCUCUAUUACUAUCAGCUUGCCUGGAACAGACCCUCAGGAUGCUGAACGAAGGAGACAAUUGGCCCUGAAGGCUCUGAAUGAACGUUUGAAGCGUGUGGAAGAUCAGUCAGCAUGGCCUAGCAUGGAAGAGGAUGAAGAAGAAGACAGCAUGAAGGCCGAUGAUCCAUUGCUACCAGAAAAGAGCCGGGACACUCUUACAGCAGGAAAAGCAGCCAACCAGGAAUCCAGCCUCAUAACUUUUGAGGAUGCCCCCUCACAAUUGUGACCAUGAAACACCUGCUCUCUUUUCUCUGCCUGCCCCUGUAUGUCAGAGCUGCUAACGACCCCUCAUGUGCUCUCCUUCACAGCACUGCCUGCUCUGCAGGGAACAAAACACUAUGCCUACUGACCCAGAGAGGCAACCUCCUCCCUUCCAGCAUUUAUUAGCCACAUGUGGCCAAGCCCAGGUCUCAGGACUCUUGGGAUGGAAACUGUUAAUUGUCACACAGACCUGGAAUUAUGUUUCUUCUCUUCAGAGGGGUGCUUGAAACUGAUAAUUUGUUUUAGAACUGGAAGGCAGAAGGGAGAUCCACAUCUCCUUAACUCAGUAAAGAGCAUCAAGCUGAAUAAAAAAACUGCAAAACCAGGCCUGAUCGGUAGUUGCCAUUGUGGCUAUUAAGACGUGUGCUUGUGUCUGGCUCCUUUUGGCGACAUUUCUGGUUAAUCUGUUUAAGGUUCUGUGCUGCCCUGCCUGGUGAGUUCCCUCUCUCUUGUGAAGUUUAAAUGCCAAACUAUUAUUGAACCUCACCAGAUUAUGGCAGAGCAACCUCAGCAAGUGAUCUGUGGCACUUUCCCUCUUGAUUAACUUUUGAUUUAGCGACAUUGUUUGUCAAAUCACAGCUUCCCUUAUUUCCUUCUAGAGUUGGUUUUGUUAUUGAUUAAAUGAGCAAGCACUUUCCUACAAAAAUCCUUUGUGGUAUUAACCUUCCUUCCUCUACAUAGAUAUGGUAACUCUGGUGAGCCUUGCCACAACAAGCUGCUGCAUUAGACUCUGGAAGGACCCACAGUUAAAAGCCUUUUAAUAACAAUAUGACCACUUAGGUCCACCUCUUUUUUGAUGUUAAAAGAAGGGGUUUAGGGAUUCUGAGCAGCUUGCUUCUAGUAUAGCAACAACUAUGUGAAGAAGCAUCUUCUGAUACUUUCCAUAGGAUCUCCUAUAGGAAAUUAAUUUUAUUUGUGCUUUAGCCUUUGGUUUUUCUUCAUUUCCCUUUGCAGUGAUUAAAAUGGCAAAGCAGCCUCUGUCUUCGGUGGAGUACCAUUGUAUUCAGGGGCUAUUGGGAUUAAUUUUUUGCUAAGUAAAAUAUACAUUGCUGUUUCUGUUCUGUUUUUCAAGGUGCUUUUUUGGUGGGACUCUUUGACAAUUCCUCUGUUGCCUCAUUUUUCUUUUUGUUUAGACCAUUAGCUUCUUUCUCUUCUUUGGACUGAGAUAGCCCUUUUUUUGGUAGGGCAGCAAGCCCUAAAUAUGUACUACCCUGAUACCAGCCCCAAAGAACAUACUUCUCCCACCUAGAGGAUGGGGUUAGGGGACACUUAACAGAAUUGGAAAAGUGUGAGGCAAUGUUGUGAUAUUUUUUUAAAGGACCACAUGAGGAGUUUGUGUCAACCAGGAAAUAAACACACAAAUUUCAGUAUCAAUAAACAGUUCUUUCAAAA